AGUUAAACUUGAAGCAAGUUAUGAGUUGACUGAAAAUAUGAACGCAGAACUAACCAAUCCUUGUGAUAAGACAAUGUUUAACUAUUCUGGUGAACCUAUGGUGGAGAUACCUAAGAAAAUAGAUCCAAAUAAAACAUCCCAUUCCAAUAAUGUAACUGACACUACAUCAAAUAAGUCGGGAAAAAUAAGCAGAUGUAGCACAAAAUAUCCAGAUAAUAAGUCUCCUUGCAGUGAUAUUAUUGAUACCUCGUUAAAUUUUUCCGGAGGUUUACUGGCACAGAACAUGAUAUGUGCAAAUGAAACUUCUUGCCCCAGUUAUAUUACUGAAAAAACUUCACAUCAAACUAGUGGACAUAAUAGAGUUAACGCUGUAGAUAAACCUUGUUCAUGCAAUGUUUGUGGUAAGAGUUUUAAUUACUCUAGUCAGUUAAAGUUACAUGAAAAAAUACAUAAUGGUGAAAGACCGUAUUCAUGCAUAGUGUGUGGUAAGAGUUUCAAGUACUCGUGUAAUUUGAAGAGACAUAAUAGAAUUCAUACCGGUGAAAAACUAUUUUCGUGUAAUGUUUGUGGUAAGAGUUUUAACCAGCCUGGUUAUGCCAAGUCACAUUAUAAAAGAAUGCAUACUAGUGUUAACCUUUAUUCGUGCAAUGUUUGUGGUAAGAAUUUCAACCGAUCUGGUGAUUUGAAUAGACAUAAAAAAAUUCAUACCAGUGAGAAACCUUAUUCGUGUAAUAUUUGUGGUAAAGGCUUUAUUUACUCUAGUCAGUUAACGUUACAUGAAAUAAUACAUAAUGAUCAAAGACCGUAUUCAUGCAAAGUAUGUGGUAAGAGUUUCAAAAACUCGGGCACUUUGAAGAAUCAUAAUAGAAUUCAUACUGGUGAAAAACCUUUUUCGUGUAAUGUUUGUGGUAAGAGUUUUAACCAGUCUGGUGAUGUCAAGACACAUUAUAAUAGAAUACACACUAGUGAGAAAUUUUUUUCGUGUAAUGUUUGUGGUAAGAGUUAUAACCAAUCUGGCGAUUUAAAGAAUCAUAAAAUAAUUCAUACCGGUGAAAAACCUUAUUCGUGUAAUAUUUGUGCUAAGAGUUUUUAUUUUUCUGGAUCUUUAAAUAGACAUUAUAAAAUUCAUACUGGUAUUAAACCUUAUUCAUGCAAUAUUUGUGAUAAGAGAUUCAAUGAAUCAAGCUGUUUGAAGAAACAUAAAAGAAUUCAUACCGGCGAAAAACCUUAUUCGUGCAAUAUUUGUGAUAUGAGAUUCAAUGAAUCAAGUUGUUUGAUAAAACAUAAAAGAAUUCAUACCGGUGAAAAACCUUAUACUUGUAAAAUGUGUGGUAAGGGUUUUAAACGGUCUGAUGGUUUAAAGAAGCAUAAAAUAACUCAUAUUGGUGAUAAUCUUGUUCAUGCAGAAUAUAUGGUGUGAGUUUUUUAACGCCGUUAUUAAUUUAUUCAUUUCCUUCUCCUAUCACGCUCUAUAUCCCCCCACUUUGCUGCACCGCCACAUGGUGGCACUGCGUCAUUUGCAACGGCGUCAAUCUUUGCCGAUGUCGUCACAGUGCGCGCACUCAUUUUUAGACUAAGUGACGGGUUCACUUGGUAUAAAAACGAGAACUCCGCUCGCAACUCGCAAAUUAACGCGCUGCGAAACGAAUUGUAAAGAGCUUCAUCAGGUUGGUUUCCUAGUCCUGUCAUAUCAUGUCCACUUCGCAAGAAGUCUGCUGAACUGUAGACAGUGGUCAUGACAGAGUUGUAACCAAUAUGUUUAUUUGAAGACAAAAGAAUACAUAAUUGCUGACAAAUAUUAUAAUGUUGUGUAUGAGUUAAGAGUUACACCCAAUUACACAGUUAAAGAAGUGUCAAUCGAUAUACAGCUUAAAAACGAGAAAUUAGAUAUAUUUGAUUCCGCUUAACUUGGAUGAUAAACGACCAUAAAAGCGGUUAUUAUAAUAUUUGAAUUAAAGUGGACUGUAUAUAGAAGGCUCGUAUUUCGUCUGUAGAACCAAACAGAUAAGGUUAAUUUAAUAUAAAAUCCACAAACAACCUAACAUUUAAAUAAUUAACUGUAAAAUAAAAUAGAUCCAUAUUUUAAGCUUCUAUGAAUAAAAAAGAUAUGUACACUUCUACCGAUACGUAUGUGUGUGUGCAAGUCACACACACAUACGAAACUGAAAAGUAUUGAAAUAAUAAAGAGUCGCUUCAUGUAAACUGUAUAUUUAUUUUAUUUUUAUUUAUUUAUUAGGAAGUCUACGUGCUUACAACUUAAUCUACGGAUACAUUUAAAAUUCUUUUAUAAUGUUGUACCUACACUCCUAGUCCAGUCAUUUAAGGUUAAAUUAGGUAAGAAUCUCGGAAUCUGAUAUACCCAGCUGUAAGUCUGUAAAUACUUGUAUAUUGACACCCUAAAAGUUGUCUCAAAACCUACAUAUGGUAGGGUGUACGCAACUAUUAAAUUUCAAGGUCAAAGGUCACAAAAAUCGGUUUUUUGCGCUUUUUUUUGUAAAUAUCUCAUUUCCUAUGGGUUUUUUGCUAUUUGUGUUUAUUUCAAUAUUGUAGAAUACAAAAUUCUCUACAAAUUUUGUUUGAAAAAUUUUUUAUACGGUGAACCGUUUUCAAGAAAGAGAACGGAGAGCGCGCGUUUACAGCAUCACUUCAGGACAACCGGUGCCUCCGGUCGAAAACGCGCAAUAUAUAGUUGAUGAACUAUUAAUAAAUCCAUGAUUAUAAAUAUUUUUCAAUUUUUAUUUGCUAUUAUGUAGGUUUUGAGACAACUUUUAGGGUGUCAAUAUACAAGUAUUUACAGACUUACAGCUGGGUAUCUCGAAUUCCGAGGUGAACUUACUAUAAUGACUGGACUACUCCACUUUUAGGCUAACUCGACAUGCUUAAUAGGUAUUAUACAUUCUUUGUUAAACUAAAACUUUUUACUUUGUGUAGGUAAAACAAUUUUGAUAAAAAUUUAACAAAAAUAAAGACACAAGCAAAAGCCUGAUAAAAGAUAACUAUGUUAUUUUUUGAUUUAAAAUGAUUUUAUGUAUAUAAAUACAUAAAAAAAGAAAUAGUGAGAUAAGGAAACCUUGUGGUCUGAAAGAAGAUGUUGAAGAUGGCGAAAAUAGAGAAAGGUAUGCUGAGAUGGUUUGGACAUGUCGAGAGAAUGAAUGAAGAACGAUUGACGAAGAAAGUGUAUAAGGCCAGUGUGAAUGAAAGUGUUGGAAGGGGUAGACCUAGGCGGACGUUUCAAGAUCAAAUCAGGGACGUCUUGAAAAAAGGCCAGGUCAAGAGUACCCUAAACCGGAGAGCAUGUAUGAAAGGAAUAAUGAAAGUGGACGAAGCGAAACAAGUAUGUAAGGAUCGUAGCAAGUGGAAAGAAGUGGUCUCUGGCAACCCCUACGGGAAAGAGGCGUGAUUUUAUGUAUGUAUGUAUAAAAAAAGAACUAGGAUUAUUGAAAACAAUUCAAAUUAUAUCUUUUUCAAUGAGUAUUUUAAAUCAGGGGUAGGCUACGAGAGAUUUAGAUGGAUAUAGAGUAUCAGGAUAAAUGUAAGGUUUACUAUUUUUAACCAAACUUAAAAAUUAUUUAAUAUUUUUAUGUAAACAAUUAUAUUACUUAAAUAACAAGUUCUGCAGCUUUAAGCAAUAUAAGCUGCAGAAUAUCUAAAUGAUCGGACAGCCUGGGACUAGAUUGUGAUUAUUUUAUAGAAACUGUACAAUAUUGUAUAUUUUUAUUGAAAAGAGCGCAAAAAAAAAGAAUGCUGGGAGAGUUUCUUGCGCCGCUUCUUCUCUCUCAGAGCGCCAUUUGUUUCCGAAGCGGUAGUAGUAUCUAGUAGUAUAAGAAAUGACAUCAAAAAGAAUUCUAAAGGAAUCAAUUUUGAGAAAAUAAAUGCCUUUUACAAACCUAAUAUACGUCGCUUGCGCCAUAUAUUUUUCCAACUCCAUCUCGUGUGCUUACUAAUUUAUUGUACUUGUAACUGUCUGUACCUACAACAAAUAACAUCUAACCUUUAACGUAAUACAUUCGUAGAAAUAUAGAUCGCAGAAAUAUAAUUCGUGUAUAUUACUCGUAGCUGUAAUAGCGUUUGCCGAAAGACUCGUUCUUAAAAGAACAUAUUAUUAGAUAUUAUUUUAUAUACCGUAAUGUUAGCUCUGAUAAGAACCAUUUAAUAAAGCUGUACAUCAAGUCAUAGAAUCAUGCAGAUCACCAGUAGUCAUCUCAUCGAAGUACAAGCAUCGACACGUUCUCUUGAAGACCGCAGAUAUACUCACGUGACCAGUCAUAUGCUCCGCGUUACACAACCUCACAGCAAGGCCGAGCGUACUCUAAAGCGCGUAGAUUACAAUUCAAUCAAUUUUUACCAAUGAGCCACAGCAGUGAGUGAUCAAUGACACCCGCCCGCUGGCCGGGUCACUUUCGCUAGCAUUAGCAGUUUUAGAGCGAGAUAGAACACAUUAUAUUAUUCUUAAUUCUUAUUGAAUGAAACGUUUAACUAUUGGUCAAAAUGUAAGCUUUAGUAUUGAUGUGUAAUUUCUAAACUUGUAAAUAUUUUUUUAAUAACAAUUGUAAUUGGUUAACUAGUUUUAAGGAUUUUGUAUAAAAUCGUGAAACUAAAUUAUAUUCCUCACAUUCUUCAUACUACUCAA